CAGGGAGUCGAGCUAGUCCCCCGCGGAGGGAUCUCAGCUAGGGGUGGAAGAGACUAUAUAAGGGCCCGCACCAGCGUCCUCACGCAGUUAUAGCCUCUUGACUCCACCUGAGUUGGUGUUUUUCCUUUGCUGUCUGUCGGGAGCGCCGUCCUUGCGAAAAUGCAGAUCUUUGUGAAAACCUUGACGGGCAAAACCAUCACCCUAGAGGUGGAGCCCAGUGACACCAUUGAGAAUGUCAAGGCCAAAAUCCAAGACAAAGAAGGCAUUCCUCCGGAUCAGCAGAGGUUGAUCUUUGCCGGAAAGCAGCUGGAAGACGGACGUACUCUGUCCGACUACAAUAUCCAGAAAGAAUCCACCCUGCACUUGGUUCUGCGCCUGAGAGGUGGUAUGCAGAUCUUUGUGAAAACCUUGACGGGCAAAACCAUCACCCUAGAGGUGGAGCCCAGUGACACCAUUGAGAACGUCAAGGCCAAAAUCCAAGACAAAGAAGGCAUUCCUCCAGAUCAGCAGAGGUUGAUCUUUGCUGGAAAGCAGCUGGAAGACGGACGUACUCUGUCCGACUACAAUAUCCAGAAAGAAUCCACCCUGCACUUAGUUCUGCGCCUGAGAGGUGGUAUGCAGAUCUUUGUGAAAACCUUGACGGGCAAAACCAUCACCCUAGAGGUGGAGCCCAGUGACACCAUUGAGAAUGUCAAGGCCAAAAUCCAAGACAAAGAAGGCAUUCCUCCGGAUCAGCAGAGGUUGAUCUUUGCUGGAAAGCAGCUGGAAGACGGACGUACUCUGUCCGACUACAAUAUCCAGAAAGAAUCCACCCUGCACUUGGUCCUGCGUUUAAGGGGCGGUAACUGAACUUGCUCCUGCUAGCAUCUGAAUAAAAAUUUCACUGCACCUUGUUCCAAUAAAGCUUGCAUUCA